ACCAACAUCCUUGUUGAUCUGCUUCUCUGCUAUCGAAGGUGUACAUUCAGUACAGCCACGAGCUUGUCGACUGACUUCGAAGCGCUCUAUCUCAAACUCAAGCUCAGGGGGCAUCGCUUUGUUUCGGAUAGCAAAUCUGCACACCUGAUCGGUACAUAUCACCAUGUUCACCAGAACCCCAAUGUCCUCAAACCUCCUCCGUCCCCUUACAAAUCCUUCAUCCUCCCACUCUCUCUCCCGCGGCCUGAUACGGACUGUCCCACUUGGCUCGUCGCGUGGACUUGCCACUGCGAAUGAGCCAUACGAUGUGGCUAUCAUUGGAGGUGGUCCCGCAGGAUACGUAGCGGCGAUCAAGAGCGCCCAGCUGGGAUUAAAGACCGUUUGUGUUGAGAAGCGAGGUAGCUUGGGUGGAACGUGUCUCAACGUCGGAUGCAUCCCAUCGAAAGCCAUGCUCAACAACUCCCACAUCUACCACCAAACUCAACACGACUUGAAGAAGCGGGGAAUAGAUGUCGGAGAUGUCAAACUCAACUUGCCAGCCAUGUUGGCUGCUAAAGAAUCCUCUGUCAAGACUUUAACCGGAGGUAUCGAGACUUACCUGUUCAAGAAAUACGGUGUCGACUACAUUAAGGGAGCCGCAUCGUUCGCCUCGCCUUCCAAGAUUGACGUGUCUCUGACUGAGGGAGGAGACACACAAGUCGAAGCGAAGAAUGUCAUCAUUGCGACGGGAAGUGAAGUCACUCCUUUCCCUGGAAUAGAAAUCGAUGAGAAGAAGAUCGUCUCGAGUACAGGUGCCUUGGACCUCACAGAGGUGCCAAAGAAGAUGGUCGUCAUCGGCGGAGGUAUCAUCGGACUCGAGCUCGGAUCCGUCUGGUCUCGUCUCGGUGCAGAGGUCACCGUUGUCGAGUACCUCGGAGCUGUAGGAGCUGGAAUGGACGGCGAGGUCGGAAAGCAGUUCCAGAAGAUCCUCGCCAAGCAGGGUCUCAAGUUCAAGCUCAACACCAAAGUCAUGGGAGCUGAGAAGGACGGAGACAACAUCAAGCUCAAGGUUGAAGCUGCAAAGGGAGGCAAAGAGGAGACUCUCGAUUGCGACGUCGUCCUCGUCGCUAUUGGUCGACGACCCGUCACUCAGGGCCUGAACCUCGAGGCCAUUGGGGUCGAGCUCGACAAACGAGGCCGAAUCGUCAUCGACGAUCAAUUCAACACGUCUGCUAAGGGAGUCAAGGCCGUUGGAGACGUCACUUUCGGACCCAUGCUUGCUCACAAGGCAGAGGAGGAGGGUAUCGCCGCCGUCGAGAUCAUCAAGCACGGACACGGACACGUCAACUACGACGCUAUCCCCUCUGUCGUCUACACCCACCCUGAAGUCGCCUGGGUUGGAAAGAAUGAGGAAGAGCUCAAGGCCGCUGGAGUCAACUACAAGAUUGGCAAAUUCCCCUUCGCUGCCAACUCUCGAGCCAAGACCAAUCAGGAUGCCGACGGUUUCGUCAAAUUUAUCGUCGAGAAGGAUACUGACCAGGUCCUCGGAUGUCAUAUUAUCGGCCCCAACGCUGGUGAAAUGAUCGCUUCUGCCACUCUUGCCAUUGAAUACAGGGCGUCUGCGGAAGACAUUGCCAGGACAUGCCAUGCUCACCCUACAUUGUCAGAGGCCUUCAAAGAGGCUGCUUUGUCUAGUUACGAUCAGCCCAUCAACUUCUAGAGAUCAGGUCAUACAAUGUGGGAAGCGCGGGGAUAAGCGAAAAGAUGGGGCAUUGCAGAAUUCGCGAUGAGAUCUGCAUGCACAUUGUGUCGUUCCGGCUCAAC